AUGGGUUGGUUUUCAUUUAGCAGCAACAAGGAGUCUUCUGUGUCAGCUGUGCCUUCACAACAAGUUGAACAACGUUCUCAUCAAUCAUUAAAUUUACCCCAUAAUUCCGAUAUUGCCACAACAUUAAACCAAUUGUCCUCACAAACAGGCAAUGAUCAAGAUGUUAAAGUGAAAGAAAUUGAUAAUAUUCAAGAUAAGAACGAAAUUGAAAAGACAGUAGAGAAUUUUGUUGAAAGUUAUCCAAUUUCUAAUAUGUUUGUUAUUGAUGGAGAAAAAGAUUCUAAACAGAGUAUUAUAUGUACUACAACUGAUAGUGGGAAAACGUGUUUGAAAUUGAAAAUGAAUUCAAUUCAAUUAUUUAAAAUCAUGCAAAAGCAAGAGUAUUUCUGUUCCUUGCCUGAUGAUAUCAAUGCCACAUAUUUUGAGUGCCGCAAAAUCAAAUGA